UCACGUGACUUGAACGCACUUUGCAAAAUUCUCUCGAUAAAUCGUUUAUUUUAGACUCUAAACAUAAUUUCUUGGUGAGAUUUGUUGGUGAGUUAGUAAAAGAAGCUGCCAAUAUGGCGCCCAACAACUCUCUUCCAAUCCAUGGCAAUGAAAAGACGAUGAACCUGAACAACCUCAUCCUGACCAACAUACUCUCUUCGCCAUACUUCAAGAAUAAUCUAUACGAGUUGAAGACCUACCAUGAAGUCAUUGAUGAAAUUUACUACAAGGUGAACCAUCUUGAGCCUUGGGAAAAGGGAAGCAGAAAAACAGCUGGACAAACAGGCAUGUGUGGUGGGGUUCGUGGUGUCGGAGCCGGUGGUAUCGUAUCAAGUGCCUUCUGUCUGCUAUACAAGUUGUUCACCCUCAGAUUGACCAGGAAGCAAGUGAAUGGGCUUAUCAACCACAAGGACUCGGCUUAUAUAAGGGGUCUUGGGUUUCUGUAUAUUAGAUACACACAGCCUCCGGCUGAUUUAUGGGAGUGGUACGCUCCUUAUUUAGACGAUGAAGAGGAGGUUGAUGUGAAAGCUGGCGGAGGCUGUGUGUUGCCGAUCGGGGAAAUCGCUCGACAAUUCAUGGUGAAAUUGGAAUGGUGGUCAACGUUGUUUCCGCGGAUACCGGUCCCGAUACAGAAGUCGAUCGAGAACCACAUGAGGCAACGAAACCAGGAAAAGUUUGCAGCGCACGAACAGGAAUUAGCAGCACAGGGUGCGGAGGCAGAGGGUGGAGCUGGAGAGGAGCAUGUACAGGAAGAGGCGGGUUAUAAUCAAAAAAGACCAAAUUCAGCAGAUCGACCUGACUUUAAUCGAGAACCAGAACGAAAUAAUGACAGGAACCGGAAUGAAGAUCGACAUUCAAACUCACGGAGUCGUGAUGGUCACAAGGAACGCAAGAGAUCACGAUCACGUGAACCGUAUCCAUGGCAGAAAUCAACUGAUCGGCGGAGAUCGCGGUCACGUGACAGGUCACAUCGGCGCCGCGAGCGCUCACGAUCUCGUGACCGCCAUAGUAGACCUGAUCGCUAUGAUAAGUACGAUUCAAGAUCCCGUGACCGACAUCAUCGUCCAGAAAAGAGCACACAUUCCCGACGGCGGUCAAGGAGCCCGCGUGAUCGGGGGCGCUCCGAUAAGGGUGGCAAUAGGGAGGAUUCAUUUGAGAGAGACUUGCGUCGUGAACGUGAACGGCAGAAGCGUUCCACGAGUGACUAUUGAGCGUUUGGGGUGAUAUUUUCACAAGUGUAUUAAAAGUUGUCCAGCUGGGGCAAAAGUUUUAUUGAGGAAAACAGUUCUUUUCAUCGGGAAUUUUGUAGUGAUGUGGUACAUGUAGCCAAUUUGUGCGAAGUUGAAUUUGUAGGAGGCUUCAAGGCUAGGCUAGGCUAGGCUAGGCUAGGCUAGGCUAGGCUUGGCUAGGUUGUCCUGCCUAUUGAUAGAGAUUCUUACUACUUGAAAUCGAGACUGUUCAGGUUGAUAUUAGUUUCACGGGUGUUCUGGAAACUGCAAACCUCUUUAUUUUUAGCAAGCCUAAUAUUUUUGCGAGUUGAUUAUACACUGGGCUAAUGGUUGAUCUUUGAAAGUCCAUCUAUUCACCAAAAUCAGUAAGGGUAAAAGUAUGAGAGUUAAAUUUUCAUUCAAAUUUAAGGUUGCCAAAAAUACGAGGUUUACAGUUAACUAGAAACCAAGAUGUUUUGUAUAUUGGGAGGGAAUCAAUGGGUUAUACAUUUAAGUUGGCCCCUAAAUUUUCCACAUGCGGGGGGGAUGAUUUAUUGUCUGAGAAAGACGCGGUGAUUUGUUCCUCUGUACUAUGUAGCAUAUUGUAAACGAUCCUAAAAUGGUUUCAUUGAUACUGUCUGUUGGGUCCAUAUUGCAUUUAGAGGUUGACCUUACAUGUGUCUGUUGAGCCAUGCCCUCCUUGUUUAUGACAAAUAGGAAAACAGUGUAACUUCGCAUACCCUGCGUGUAAAUCUUUUUGUAUAGAAUUCUGAAGUUAUUUUGCAAUUUCUUUCAUUGACUGUACGAACGAAAUAUAUGGGCUGUUGUAAUAUCACAGCAAGAAGAUAUUGACCUUGCUGUAAUUGUGUUUGUGUCCUAGAAUAUGUAUGUAUCUAUGGUGAGAAAUGAUGCACUAGGAAAUUUGAGAGUUGCUAGGAUACUGUAAACCUGAAACUGUUUGUGCACAUUUUUAGUUUUGCAUUCAUUAGGCCGGCUUUUGUCCAAAUUAGCAAAACAAAUAAUUAAAUUCACAAGGAAAACUCGCCCCUAACAUCUGGUUGUGACGAAGUUUCAGGCUUUACCUAGAUAGUCUUUGUGACUGGUUCUGAUAGAUUCCCUAAGUUCCUACAUGUAUCCGUUUUGUGACGUCCUAGUACAACAUCUCUUGUCUUCUGUUCAUUGAAACCAAUGAAAAAUGUCCAAGGGCACAAAAAUACUGUUGUGUAACAAAAUCUUUCGGUGUAUCCACACAUUUACUUUUAUAUCAGAAAGAUCAAAAUACAUUGUAAUGUUGUUACAGGCAGCACGACUGGGAACAUGUUUUGAUGCUGGUGUAACGGUUUUGGUCUCCAUAAUUCAGUGUCUCAUGCAAUGGGCAGCUAUAGAGAUCAUAACUUUUCAGCGUGGGGGGAAAAAGGCUAUAUUCCAAAAAGGGGAAGCUCUCAGAAAUGGAAACACUCGAAAACGUUUCACUGGUAGUCUCAAAAUACACUGUCUUAACACAAGCUCUCAUUAUUGAAGUCGUGAGUCCACUCCUUUUGGAUUUGGUCUGUUGAUCACGAGUGCUUGAAGAUACAAGAAUCGUAGCGAUUGAUCCGACAUGGAUUUAUUGAUUCACACAACAUCAGCUCCGAUUGAUUUUAUAAUUCUGGUGUUAUCAAGCACCCGUUGUCACAGGCUCUAGUGGCAGUCUGUACUGGUGGAGAUAUUCCGUUCUGCUUCGAGAAUGUGGGUUGGACUAAGUGAAGAUCUGUAUUAGUUCCAUGUCGGGCACCUACAGUCGCUGUCCCUGCCAAAACUCAAGCUGUGUCGGGGAGUGGCCCAUACUUUCUGCAACUUCGCUGAGAUAUUUCAGCUGGUAUUGGUAUUAGUCAGGUGAUUUAAAAGUGGACCAUAUGUAUUCGCCAGGUGAUUUAAAGGGGGAUUAUAUGUAUCAGCUGGUGGUCAAAUCGAAGGUCUUCAUGAGGCUGAUGUUCAGUUGGGGGAACAGGGUCGUCCUUGAUUCAGCAUAAGAUAAAUUCCUCAUAAAGGAGUAAUUAGUUUUAUUGUUCUGUCCAAUGGGAGAGACUCCUAUUUGGGACUAAGUGUAACUUAAUCUGAUCAACCUGGCUUCUGCCUAUAGCCUCCUUUGAUUGGGAGUCCAAAUCAGUAUUUGCUGAUUGUCUUAGAAAUGUGAGGCUGGGACUGGGUUGAAUUUUUUUAAGUGAUUCCAUGUAAAAUUUGUUCUGUAUAUUGUUUUCUGUAUCAUAAAAUAAAUUGAUCAUCUUUUUUAUACAA